AUGCAUGGCCAAAAUUUUGUUCAUGGGGAUCUGCUACCUCGUAACGUGAUAUUUACCAAUGACGAAGGAUGCAAUGACAAAGGAUAUUUGAUAGACUUUGACCUCACAAGAGAGGUACUUGGAAAAGGCGAAACAUAUGUCAUGGGCUACAACUACAUUGACUUUGUUGCUUUUCGACACCCAGACGCAGUGGCGGGAAAGCAAAUGGCUAAGGAACAUGAUAUUCAUUCCCUUCGGAUGAUGAGCAGAUAUUUUUUUAACAUAAGCGACGAUCGGCUCGAUGAAUGCAAUAUUGGUGAACUCAUUGCUUGGUUUAGCAAGAAUACGGAGUCAGCACAAAACGUUUGCGACAACCAAGCAAGUGGUAGCCCAGAUCGACCAUAA